AUGACCCUAGCAGAAGUGGCAGAACGCUGUUAUCAUAUCACAUCCAGUUAUUUGGCUUCUUCAAGCGAUUCUGCUAUUGUAGGCUCUACCAAAGAAGCGCUCAACUUGACUCGUCGCUAUUUUUUACAAGAUGUGUUUACUCAAUGGAACCCGUUUAGCAAGAAGUUGUCGUUUUCCUAUAAUGGUGGUAAGGAUUGCCAAGUACUAUUAAUUUUGUAUUUGUCGUGCCUUUGGGAGUUUUUUGCAGAAAGCGUUGGCUCGUCUCAGUAUCCUGCACAAUAUCAUCAAUUCCCUCUGCGAUUUCUACCCACAGUAUACAUCAAUCAGACGGAAACAUUCACAACGCUGGAGAACUCAAUUGAGUCCACAAGGAAGCGGUAUUUCCUUUCGGUCUACGAAUCACCACAAAACCAAACGAGUAUGCCCGAAGCUUUCAAAAAAUUCCUAGAUGUUCACCCUCAGACAGAGGCUAUUGUAAUAGGCAUCCGUCAUACGGAUCCCUUUGGCUCAGAUUUAGACUGCGUUCAGAAAACGGAUAAAAACUGGCCCACUUUCAUGCGUAUUCAGCCUCUGCUGCAUUGGAAAUUGGCUAAUGUAUGGAGUUUACUACUGUAUUCAAAUGAGGAGAUAUGUGGGUUAUACGAGACUGGCUUCACGUCAAUAGGAAGUAUCAACAGUACCGUUCCGAAUCCUUUUUUGAAGAAAUCGCACUCGGAUUUACAGAAUCCUUUCCAGUGGGAAAUCGAGAAUGCAUUUGGAAAGCGGAAAGAGGACAUAAACAAAGUACGCGUUUCGAAGCUGUCAAGCGCUGAUGUACAGCUAUUCGCUGGAUGUAGCGAUGACGAGUACUAUCCGGGAUGGUACUUGGUUGACGAUUCUCUGGAAAGGGCAGGGAGAAGCUAA